CGGAAACACUUGUGGUUCAUCACUCUGUCAGUAACGAUUUGCAUUACCAACAUUUGCCACAAGUUCGGUCGUAACAUCCCCAUCUGACGGUUCGCAUAAGGAAGUUACAAUUGCGGUUAUGUUCUACAGUGUUUUCUCGUGGCUUUAAAUAAAACAAGGAUUCUAGCAAUAAUGAUCAAAUAAAUCGUUAGAAUUAAGUUGCGAGUUUCAUUCAAGUUAAGUCGAUUGAAAAUGAACAACGUAUUUAGAUUACGUUCGUUCCGGUAUCUCAACAGCCGCCGAUUGCACUCUACGAAAUUCGUGUUCGACGUAGAGAAUAGGCAAUUGUACGAAGAUAUCUUCCCCUCUAUUUGCGAGCACGACGUGAACAAGUUAUGGAGAAGCCCGCCUCAGGUCGUGUAUGCAGGAUUCGACCCGACCGCAGACAGUUUGCACAUCGGCAAUUUGUUAAUUCUCAUCAAUCUGUUGCACUGGCAACGAUGUGGCCAUCAGGCGAUCGUCCUGUUAGGUGGUGCGACAGGAUUAAUCGGUGACCCCAGCUACAGGAAAGUAGAACGCGUCGAAAUCGAGCAAGUCGUGCUGCAAGACAACUUGUAUUCCAUUAGAAGAGACAUUGAGCAAGUUAUUAGGAACCAUGAAAUCUACUUUUGCAAACACCCUAAUCGUUUGACUCCUAUAAAAAUUCUGAAUAAUUUGGAAUGGUACAAAGACGCGAAUCUGUUGGCUUUUAUUAACCAGUUUGGCAGAUAUUUUCGUAUGGGGACUAUGCUUGGGAGAGCCUCUGUUCAAGCUCGAUUGCAAUCCGACAGUGGAAUGAGCCUCACAGAAUUUAUGUAUCCGCUCUUCCAAGGAUACGACUGGCUUCACCUGCACCGUAAUUUCGGUUGCAAUUUCCAAGUCGGAGGCCAGGAUCAGAUGGGUAACAUCGUGUCUGGCUACGAUUUGAUCACUAGGUAUACAAAGAAUCAGGUUUACGGAUUGACACUGCCGCUGAUCACAGCUGAGGGUGGGAAGAAAUUCAGUAAAUCAACGGGGAACGCGGUCUGGCUCUCCGCCCAGAAAUCUUCCAGUUUCCAACUGUACCAGUACUUCAUUAGAGCGGAAGAUGCUGAAGUAGAGAACCUACUUCAUUUCUUCACGUUCCUCCCCACUCGUCAGAUCAAACGAAUCAUGCAGGAGCAUGUACGGAAGCCGGAAUUAAGGGUGGCGCAACAGACCCUCGCUGAGAACGUCACGUUGCUUGUUCACGGCGAGGAGGGUGUGACUG